AUGGAUGAAGAAGGUCGUCUGAAAAAUGUAUUCUGGGCGGAUGCGAGGUCUAUAGCGGCUUAUGAAGCUUUUGGUGAUGUAAUUUCCUUUGAUACAACAUACUUGACGAAUAAAUAUGACAUGCCAUUUGCUCCGUUUGUCGGUGUAAAUCAUCAUGGGCAGACGGUGUCCGACAUUCUCAAGGGGAAGGAAGGUGUAUUUAGAAAGCAAGUGGUAUACAAUGUCCACACUAACGAGGAAGAAUUUGACAUUAAAUGCUCGUGUCAGUUGUUUGAGUUCAAGGGGAUUAUUUGUAGGCACAUUUGCAAGGUGCUUAUUGAAAAGAAUGUGAAAGACAUUCCUUCCAGGUAUAUUUUACCACGAUGGAGGAAAGACAUCAAACGCAUGCAUACAUAUGUACAAAACUGCUACGAUGACCCACAAACAAGUGAGGAGAAACUGCGGUACAAUAAAUUGUGCUCUCAUUUUUCUAAAGCCGCAGAACUUGGAGCGGAGUCAAAUGACAAAUACAACUUGUUGAUGAAAUAUGUGGAUGAGGUAAUUGAGAAGUUGAAUGACAACACAACUUGCAAGGAAAAUUUUACACCUACGUUGUCGGAGGCGACUAUUGUGCCACACCAACAAUUUCUUACUCCUUUGAAGGUGCGGAGUAAGGGUCGUCCACCAUCAAAGAGGAAGAAGUCGAAAGUUGAAGAAAUAAUAAUUAGAAACAAGAAAAAGGUGAAUUCAAAUUCUAUAUCGAUCAAUCUGGACAAGCAUCAUAGUUCUUCUCUAGGUUUUACAAGCCAUCCCAAUGAUUUUUGA